ACAAAUCCAGAAUAUUCGCAUUCUCACCAUCCAUUCCACCAUGGAGCUUGGAAAAGUGUGCAUUUUUAUUUGCACCUUAUCCAUCAAACUCUUGCACGUUUUUGGGUCUACAUUUGGGUCCAGAGCGGAUUUUGACUGCACGAGUUACGACAACAAGUCUCCUGAAAUUGAAGUUGAGACGAGUUCUGCUGGAUUCAAUGCACGCGUCCCUUCGCUCUCCGCCAUUGAGAACGUGGAGGAUGCGAGCGUGUCGCGGAGCUAUUUCGACUGUCGCGACUCCAUCCCGGUCGACUGGAUCAUGGACAUUCACCCCUCGAGGGAUACAUUCCAAUUCACACGAAGCUUUUACCAGCAGCAGCAGAGCACGACGAGUGGUUCGUCACCAGUGUUUUCCGCCUACAGCGUGUUUCUCUACAAACCUGGAAGUCUGAGGCAUCCAGCUCUCCUCAUGUGCGAAAAUGCUUGUGGGGGUCGAUCGUUUUUGGAAAUCACGCCAGGCCAAUUCUCCGCCACGAUUCAGCCCACUUCCAUCCCCACGACGGACACAUUUUCGAGUCUGGCACAAAAAUUGGUGCGGUCGCGUAGUAAUGCAUCUUCACCACAGGUCGAAAUUGAGACGCCGUGUCAGCUCGUGCUGAACGUCCAAGUCAAACAUGACGAGAAGGGUCAGCAUCGCUUGUACUACGUCUGGACAGCAAGUGCGGAGGGAGUUUUUGUGCAGAAAACGAUGCUGGAGUCAUCUCCGACCACGACGGACCAGGGGAUUUACUACAGAAACGUGUUCAGAACGGUGGACGAGGAGCGAAAUUGCGUCAAACUCCUAACCUCGAGUGAUCCCUGUUCCGGUUGCAGGGAAGUAAGGCCCACGUCAACGUACGGGGAUGAGGACACCUUUCUGAACAGUGCUGCAUUCUACGCCAGGUCAAAUUCGGAGGUCAAACUGGCGUUCAAAGGACUUUUCAGUGUCACGAGACCACGGCAAUUUUAUUUUGAGUGGGAUUUGCCUCUUCUGGAGUUGAUGGAUUUCCAGCUUCCUUCCGUUCUUUACGUGGGCCACGAGUUUGUCGCUAAUUGUUCAGUGUCCACGAUUUACUUUGCGUAUGGAACCCUCAUUUACCAUCAAACUGACUUCACGAAUCGUUUGUCAAAUCACACUGAGACCGAGACCUGGACCCCAAAUGGACAUCGCGUCGUGAGCAGACGGGUCACAUUCUUUGAAGGGAACGAAACCCACACUUUAACCUGUUCCGCUCCCCUCUGGAACUGGUCGCAGCGGGUGGAGAAGAGCGUCCACGUGUUUGUCGAAUACCCAGCCGUUCCACGAGUUGAGGGAGAUGCAGGUGAGGAACUCGUCUCUGUGCAGAAUGGCCAGGAGAACGUGACCCUGGCUUGCUCCGCCGUGGGGAAACCGAGACCAAGUUUGGAGUGGGGGCUACCCAGCCGACAAAAUAUCUCGUCAUUGCUGGAAAUUAUUACUUCCGAGGACGACGAGGACGAGACGCGUGUAACCUCCACGAUUUCUAUGCCCAGGAUUACCACAGUUCUGCUUGGAACGUAUCGCUGCAAUGUGGACAACGUGUUUGGAAAUAGUUCAAAAGCGUACAACCUUCAAAUCCCAAUCGAGGGCUUAUCAGUCGCUACGAAGGCUGGGUUAUCUUCCGGGCUGGGUGCCGUAGUCGUUAUCGGCAUCGUCACGGCGCUCCUAAUUUAUCGCAAAAUCCUUCUCCAGCGGAAAGAGUACCGGACGAAGACGGCAGAAGCCAUUCGAGAAUUUAAGGAGGGAGUCAAACAUGCCCAGAAAGAGAAGGAGGCUGCCUUUUCGACCACUUUCAAAAGUGGUCGAAAAGGAUCCGGCGGUGGUGGUGGUGGGACAAACAUCUUUAAAAAACUAGGUUUAGGAAAGGAAAAGAUAAAAUCCGAGUGUCACAUUUACGACUCAAAAGAGCACACCCACCACGCCUCCAUUCUCGAACUCCCCUACGACGACAGCUUCGAAGUUGAUGUCGCCAAAUGGAAAAUUGAGGACACGCUCCUGGGUCAGGGUGCAUUCGGAGUGGUGAGGAAGGGGUCCGUGGAAACUGAGGGCCAUGCGCGACAGGUCGUGGCCGUCAAAGUUCUCAAGUCCUCCGUGGAAAUCGACGACUUUAAAAGUUUCCUGACCGAGCUCAAAAUCAUGGCGUUCAUCGGGAAACAUCCUAACAUCGUAAAUCUCGUGGCUGCAUGCACACACAACAUUGAACAACGCGAUGUCAUGAUUGGUGUCGAGUUUUGUGCCAACGGAAGUCUUCAGGACUAUUUUAAAGAGAAGCGAAACGUGUUUCAAACCUUGGAUGGAUCUCUCGAAGCAGAAUCUUCACGGAGGACUUACGCCAACUUGAACAAUUCAGUAGCACUGACCGAGCUGGACUUGUACACGUGGUCCUACCAAAUUGCCAACGGAAUGGAGUUCUUGGCUGGAAAGAAGGUUCUUCACGGAGAUCUCGCAACUCGAAACGUUCUCCUGGCAUUGGACAAAACUGCAAAAAUUUCGGACUUUGGACUUUCUCGUCUCCUCCUCGAUUCGAAAAAUUACACAAAAAAGAGUCGCGUCCCGCUUCCGUGGAAAUGGAUGUCGAUCGAAGCUCUGAAAGCGCUCUCUUUCUCCAGUGCGAGUGACGUCUGGGCCUUCGGGGUCACCCUCUUUGAAAUCUUCACCCUCGGAGAAGUCCCCUACGCCGGCCUGAGCUUCGGUCCCGAGUUCAUCGCCCAACUGGAGAGUGGCUUCAGACUCAGCAAACCUCCCCUCGCCACAGAAUACGUCUACAACAUAAUGAAGCACUGCUGGAACGCGGAUGCCGAGGCCCGAGUAACUUUCGUCCAGCUGAAAACGGCCUUCUCCGAGCUGCUCGACGUCUUCACGAAUCCGAGUGGGGCUCCAGUCCCCGUGACGAGGGAGCGACUGAACACGCCCACGUCCAGAGAAUUCCAGAGAAGCCCAGUCCCCCAUCCGAGGACGAGGGGGCGAGGUCAACAGCUGCAGCAAAAUUGGUACUCCAACCGACCCAUCCAAAUACCUAAUUUGUACCUCAACGUGUAAACUUGUAUUAUGCUAAUUCAAGAAUAUGAAGUGACAUUGCUAUUGAUGAUUGAUUGAUUAAAAACCAGAAUCCUUGUUAAUUUAGAAUUUCUAUUUGUAUCCAUAAUUUAGCACGCAGAGAAAAGCUGCAUUAUUUUUAUUGGUUCAUUAAACUAAUGGAAAGACAUUAAAUCGGUUAACUGCUGA